GCAGCCGCAGCGUGUUGCGCAUGCGCAGCCCCUUUCACAGCGGCUGAAUGCGCAGCGCAGAGGACAGGAGCGUCCUGGGACCCGGAGGACUCGCACACUGUGGACUGGACCGAGCGGACCCGGGCAGGAGGACAUGGAUGGACACAGCAGUGGCGGGUGCGCACGGCCGCGCGCCUCCGGGACGCACGGAGCCCAGAAGAAGGAGGAGAUCCCGGAUCGAGUGACUCUGAAGAAGGAGAUCGGGCUCCUCAGCGCCUGCACCAUCAUCAUAGGGAACAUCAUCGGCUCGGGGAUCUUCAUCUCUCCGAAGGGCGUCCUGGAGCACUCGGGCUCGGUGGGCGUGGCGCUGGUGGUGUGGUUACUGGGAGGAGGCAUCGCCGCACUGGGAUCGCUGUGCUACGCAGAACUGGGCGUCACCAUCCCCAAGUCUGGAGGCGACUACUCCUACGUCACGGAGAUAUUCGGUGGUCUGAUGGGGUUCCUCCUGCUGUGGAGCGCCGUCAUCAUCAUGUACCCGACCACGCUGGCCGUCAUCGCCCUCACCUUCUCCAGCUACGUCCUGCAGCCCGUCUUCCCAGAGUGUGUUCCUCCAUACAUGGCCACGAGGAUGCUGUCGGCCAUCUGUCUCCUGCUGCUGACCUGGGUGAACUGCUCCAGUGUGCGGCUGGCCACCAGGAUCCAGGACGUCUUCACCGUGGGGAAGCUCAUGGCUCUGGGCCUCAUCAUCGUGGUCGGCCUGGUCCAGAUCUUCAAAGGGAACUACGAGGCUCUGGCGCCUUCCGUGGCCUUCUCCAUGGAGCGGACGCCGACGGUCGGGCAGAUCGCUCUGGCCUUCCUUCAGGCCUCCUUCGCCUUCAGCGGCUGGAACUUCCUCAACUACGUCACCGAGGAGGUGGUUGAACCCAGACGGAAUCUACCUCGUGCCAUCUACAUUUCCAUUCCAUUGGUGACCUUUGUGUACACGCUCACCAACAUCGCCUACUUCUCCUCCAUGUCCCCCGAGGAGCUGCUGUCGUCCAAUGCCGUGGCUGUAACGUUCGGGGAGAAGCUUCUUGGGAUGUUCUCCGUCAUCAUGCCCAUCUCCGUGGCCCUGUCCACCUUCGGAGGAAUCAACGGUUACCUGUUCACCUCCUCCAGGUUGUGUUUCUCCGGGGCCAGAGAGGGUCACCUGCCGAGCCUGCUCGCCAUGAUCCACUAUAAGUACUGCACGCCCAUCCCCGCCCUGCUGUGCUGCUGCACUGCCACCAUUGUUAUUCUCUGCAUCGGAGAAACACACAACCUCAUCAACUACGUGUCCUUCAUCAACUACCUGUCGUACGGCGUCACCAUCGCAGGCCUGCUCUACUACCGCUGGAAGAAGCCCAACCUCUACCGACCAAUCAAGGUGAACCUGCUGGUUCCUGUGUGUUACCUGAUGUUCUGGGCCCUGCUGCUGGGAUUCAGUCUCUACUCGGAGCCGGUGGUUUGUGGCGUCGGCCUCGUCAUCAUGCUCACCGGCGUCCCCGUCUACUUCCUGGGUGUUCACUGGAGAGAAAAACCAAAGUGUAUCUACAACUUCAUCGAGAGGGCGACCUACGUGGGCCAGAGGUUGUGCUUCGUGGUCUUUCCUCAGAUCGACCCCAUCGAGAACGCCGACCCCUCAGAAUGGACUGAGCGCUCGUCACGCAGGAGCAGUUUGUCUUAAAACUCUUUUCUGAAUACAUGAAGAUGUUUCCAGUCCAGACACCGGCUCCUGCUCUGGGAUCUGCCGGUUUGACCUUUCACCUUCUGAGACUCUUUAUUUGUGCUCGGGCCGCCUGCACUUUUUAUUUCUUUUCCUCUUUUUUUAUUAAGUCAACAAACACAAAAAUCUAAUGUUGACAGAGCGACACUGUGAAAAUGACUUUAAUUCCCUUUUUGGAGGAAUUUGUUCCUCUUGUGUAACACGACUGGACGACGUGUUUUCUGCCUUUAGACCUUUUCACACCAAGUCCACACAGAUCCAGAGUCAGGAAUCUGAAUACAGUCAGAAAACACACGUGUGCAUCAGGUCUGGUACAAAAUAUCCACAUGUUUCUAAACCGUGAUAAGUUUGAUCUACAUCUUCUCUUCUGUGUUUCUGACUGAGGAACCAGAGGAAAAUGAUCUUCUUCAGGAUAAUGUUUCUAAACGUUUCAUCAUUUUAUUUUCAUUUAAAGCUGCUUUCAAACUGACAUUAUCCUGAAAUGUUCUGGAGGAACAGACAUUUCUGAGUCAGUGUCUCUGGACAUGUUCUGGAUCUUCUCCUGCAGCCUCCUGGUAGAAUGUGUGUAACAUGUCAGAGUGAGUCCAUGUGAGGAACCAGCAGGACAAUGUGUGGAAGCUUCCCAGAGAGCGAGUGGACGUGUGGACUGGGUUUCUAACACGUGACGUGAAACUGGACGAACACAAACAUCUCAGGAUGAAGAAGAGGAGCCGGACAAGUAGAAGAUGAAGACGUCAACUUGGAAACACGAGGAGAUUCCAGAUCUUCUGGUGAUGAGGGCCGACGCCGGUGUGGAUGAGCUGUAAACAACAACACUGAUCUUUCCACAGCAGAGUUCAUACGUCAUGUCCCGCCUCCUGCUGCUCUAAAGGCUCCGCCCCUCACCUGGAUGUUCCCACAUGUUCCUGUUUGAACGAGUCGGUCCCGACAACCUGCUGCUGCUUCACAAAUACUAACUACACAACAUGUCCAGACAACAUUUACACAGUGCUGGUUUGAAGCAGUCACAUGUGAUUAUUAAUAAUUUCACACACGUAGUUGUUGUGUUUGGAUAAACAGCACAACUUCCUUUACACUUGUGUCCAAUGUGUCUCUGAACAGUGUCCCGAUGUGGUUCCAUCACGUUUCGCCCUCAGUGCGUCUGAUCAUGUUUAAAUGAAGCUGUGAACUUCUGCUGAGUUCUGCUGCAGUUUGAAUUACUCAUAACGAUUUUCCUCCAAAAGUUAAUUCUGUAUUUUGAAUUCAAGUCUUUAACAGACCUGGAGUCAGUGUAAGGAUCUGAGAGCUGCAGUGAUAUCCUUUACCUUCUCAGUGUUAGUGACAACUUGACAACAGAACAUUCGGCUGAAGAUAAAUGGAAGUUUUUCCGAAUCCUGCAGAGACAUGAAUCCUUAAUAACGGACAUGUUCUGUUGUGAUGAUCUGACUUUGUCUCCCCCGUCUUCAAAAACUUCAGAUUCAUCUUACUGAAGAAAAUCCCGACGCGUCCGAUCGCUGAUUUAAAAAGUAUUUUCAUCGUCUUAUCUCCUAGAACCUGGUUCAAUAACCCAGAACAAGGAUCUGAACCUAUGGAGGAAUGAACCGUCCUCAGAAUCUAAAGUGUCCGAUCCUGUGUGUCAUGUGACUCAGUCCAGUUUUAACUGGCUCAGGAUGAAGCUACUGGAACAAUAUGUGUAAAGUGACUUGGUGUGAAAAGGCCUUUACUGGGGGAAAUGUAUAUUUAAUAUUGUUUAUUAACUGAUUCACCAUAUUAGACUUUAAUAUAUGUUGCGAGUGCCUUUUGUUGUGUGUUUUGCAUUUUGCACUUUGGUCUUCUACACAAGUUGCUGUGGUCAGUAAACAGCCAGGGGGCGCUGUGUGCCCGAGAUGGAGUGUGUUAACCGUUAACCCAGUAGCUGUGUGUUCACCUCACCUUCAUCUGAUCUACUGACUGUGAACACACCUAGACACUUUCUCACCGGUUGUUUCUUUACAAAAUAAAAGUCUAAUGUUAUUAAAGUAUGUGACUGAGAGAGAACCGUCCACGUCCUGAAUCUCUCUGACCUCUGACCUGUGAUUUAACAGACGUGUCACAUGACACAUGUUUCUAACUGAGCCUGAACACCAGCCCGUCGUCUUAGUCCAGUAAUUAUUUUAGACUUUUACACUGAUCUGAUAAAUAAAAACAAGGAUAUGUGAAAACAGAUUUGUGUGAGACACGUGUUUCAAACCAUAGCAGUGGAUGUUCCUGCUCAGAUUUUUGUGUUUGAAUGGAAACAGGUUUAUUGUGAAAAGAGUUAAAAUCCAAACUCACUUGUUUCAGCACAAAACGUCUCUGGUGUUAAUUUGUUCUUCUGAUUCGAGCAGUUGAAUAAAAUCUGUGUCUCAAAACCA